UCUCUCUCUUUUUCUUUCGCACAGAUACAUAUACUGGAACUGGCUGCCGCACCGCUGCUUGCUUCUGCUCAAAACCAUCUCAUCUCGCUCUACUUUUUUUACUCUCUCUCUCUCUCUCUCUCUCUCUCUCUCUCUGUUUACACGCUUAUUACAUAUAACGACAUGUAAUUAUCGCACAAAGCCGAUGUCCGUAUUGAGUGGUAGAUGAGUCUGGACUCUGGCUGUAUGAAAGUUUUCUAAUUUUGGGUCCCCGAUAUAUAUUCGUGGAUCUGUUUCUGUUUCCUCUUGGCUUUUGCUGGAUUUCCGACGAAUAAUUUGGGUUUGGAGAGGUUCAAGGCGCCUCUCAUAAAUUUAGCCAUUUUCCUUCACUUGCUUACUAGAAUUUCUUUUUUUUUUCCCUUCCCUUUUCCCACCUUUCCUAUUUUUUUGAUUGUUGGUAGUAUUCUAUUCUCUGCCAUUGUUUUCCUCUGGCGAUCCUGUUUUAGUCAAACAUUUUCUGAUCAGCGGCUAAAGUUAAUCGAUUCUAUUUUCUUCCAUCUUUCUUUCUUGCUUUCAGAAAACCAUAUUUUUUCAUUUUUUUUUUUUUUUACAAAUUUCAUUGGUUACCUGAAUGUUUGGUUUGGAUUGAUAGAUCGAUAUUUUUGACUGCGUGGUUCAGUUCGAGUUCCAUAGGGUUGUGGUGGUUUGUUAGUUCUUGUCCGCUGUCCCGUCCCAACAGAAAGGCGCCCAAUUUGGGUUUUGGAGGAGCAGCCCUAUGGCUUCUUCUCUGUAAAUCGUUUCUGUGUGAAUCGUUAAUGUUUUUUUGACUCACUUGGAAGUUUCUUCAAGGUAUCAGGAAAAAGUUCCAUGUGUCUGUGAAUUGUGUUGUUUAACGAAUGCUGCAAAAGGAGAAAUAUAAUAUCAUUGUCGUUCUCAGCUUGUUUGCCUCCGCAUCUCUGUCUUCAGUUGGCACUGCAAAAGAUGCAUGCUGCCCUUCAAAGAACCUGUAGCAAUACUCAGAAAGUUGCUGAUGGAAAAAACAUUUCUGUAUCAAGGAAAUUCUUGGAAGAAAAUAACCGAAGUGCAUCUUCAAACGACCGUGAAGUGUCUUGUCUUGCUUGGAGGAACACUGAUCAUAGGUGUUGCAUCUUAACAUUCUUUGCCCUGGAACCUGAUGGACACUGGAGAGUUGUCACAUUGCCAUUGCAAUGCCCCAAUCACACAAUCCAUCUUGGGUCUGGAUUUCAGGUAAAAAUGGAUGGUCUCCAUUUGGUUUCUCCAUCAGUGGUCAGUUCAGUCAUGGUAAGUCAACAAAUUGAAUGGAGAGGGCCUACAAUUGAGCAAAGAUACUCUCUCAAGUCAUUUAGUGCUAGAAGCUGUUCUGGGUCAAAAUUUCGGAAUUGGUCUCAAAAUAAAGGCUUUGCAAACAAAUUGAGUAGAUGGCAUGCAUUACCCAGCAAUUCUUCCUCUCAGUCUUCUUUCAAUAGCAGCAAUUCCUCUGUUGUGGUCCCAUGUGGCUCUACUAGCCUUUCUUCUAUCCAUAUUGACAUAUCAACAGUAGGCAAGCCUGUUAAAGAAAAUUUGAAAACAGAAGCAAUAAAGAAGGAAAAGCAAAAGAAAAAGCUCCCAUGCAAUAUUGUCUCAACUGACCUAGAAAACGUUUAUUAUAGAAGUUUAGCAUCUGAAACUAGUUUUGUUAAGAAUACUCGUGUUGAGAUUGAUUCUCUUCCAUAUGCAACUAGGCGGACAGUUUCAUUGCCUGUGCUCAGUGGCCACAGCAAUGAUUCUGAAGGAAACAGCAGUGGCACCAUUACCUCUUCUGAAACACGAGAGACAUGCCUAUCUUACAUUGAUGAAGUGGAUGAACAUCCUCCAUCUGAUUCUGGAACUAAUGUUCAAACUGGUUUUCCAGAGUUUUCUGUAUUAAGUGGAUUGGAGGAUUCUCAUUCUCUAUUGAUCAAUUCUUCUGGUGAUCCAUGUUCGAUUGCUUUCUGUGAUGCAAAUGACUCUUUUGUGUUAGAUUCUAUUUCAGUCAGUUCAAAUGGUGAUGAAAGUAUGAAUGCUGUUGCUGCUACUAAACCAUCAAAUAAAGGCCCUGGUGAUUCCUAUUCCCGAGCAGAGGGAGCAACCUCUUCUGGGCAAGGAUGUAGAAGUGGUAACAUGAGCAAGAGAGGUAAGAACAUUAAAAAAGUAUCCAGGAAUACAUGUGUUUCUUGCUUAAGCAGUGUUGGAAAGUUCCAUGGUUGCUCUGGGAAGGAGAAUAGUCAUUCCAUUUGGCAGAAGGUUCAGAAGAAUGACACUGGUGCGUGCACCUAUGACUUGAGAAAAUUUAACACUGCAGAAUCACAUAGUGAUACUCAGACAAAAGGGGCUUCACACUGCAACAUUGCUCAAUCUAGUGCUUUAUCGUCAUGUGAAGAUAAAACCCGGUCAAAAGCCAAAGCAUCUAGACGGUUGAAAAGGAAAACUAGCAGUGUGUCGAAACAAGAGUCAAACUAUUAUUCUGGAAAGGGAUUAUAUACUAUUAAGGCAAGCUCGAACAUGAACAGGAAGAUCAAUAUGCAAUGGAAUGAAGUAGUGGAGAUUCCAACGCAGUUAGUUGAGCAGAAAAGAUCCAAGGGUGUUUCUAGAUCUCGGUCUAAGAUUGGUUACUCAAGGAGUGGUUUCCAAACUUACAGAGUUGAGUCUAUGGCUGCUGAACCUGUUCAGAGCUCAGAGUGUAGUCCCAAUGAGUUGGAGCUGCCUGAACAUGCCUGUACCACCCUUUCCAGUUUGAAUGAUAAAAUUGCUACAAGAGAAGGUAGCUCACUAUCAGGUUUACUUGACCAUGAAGAAUGGCCUGAAGAGCAGUGUACUGAGUUUCUUUAUUCUCCUGAUGGUGAAGAAGGUAAAAAGGCAGAUGAAAAUGUUUCUCCUAUGGAGAACACUAAGAAAGACCACAAUUCUGGAUCCAUUUUGCAGAAAUGGAUACCUGUUGGAACUAAAGAUUCUGAGCUUGCAAAGCUGGGGCAUUCUAAUCGAUUACAAUUGCGUAAUCUUAAUAAAACAGUGGUGGAAAAAUGUAACUUGGGAAACACAGUGAGCAAGGGGUCUAAUGAUCCCAACAAUUUUGGUGCUUCCACCAUUCAGGGUCUUAGAGAUGAUAAUGGCCUACAGUCAGAGGAUGGCAUUGAGAUCCAAAAGCAUAUAAAUCAGAGUAUAUGCAUUUCUACAAAGUGCUUAUGUCAUCAUAAUCUAAAUGACCAGAGCAAGUGUGCUUCUGAAAAUGAUUCAAACAACAUACUACAAGCUGUGAAUCAUGCCUUUAAGGUGCAAUUAGCAUCUGAAGCUGUUCAAAUGGCCACUGGUUGUCCAAUUGCUGAGUUUGAAAGGCUUCUUUCUGCUGCCUCUCCUGUUAUUUCCCUACCAGACAAUAUUUUGAGCUGUCAGACUCCCUCGCCUAACAAUUUAGUUGGGGUGACUCUGUGCACACAUAAGGCUCCCAAUAUCUCUUUGGGAAGCCUGUGGCAAUGGUAUGAGAAACAUGGCACCUAUGGCUUAGAAGUAAGGGCUGAAGAUUUUGAAAAUUCAAAAAGAUUGGGUAUUGAUCGAUUUGCAUUUCGUGCAUAUUUUGUUCCUUUCUUGUCAGCAGUUCAGCUGUUUGGAAACCAGAAGAUUUAUCCUUCAAACAGUAGCAAUGGGUUUCCAGGUACAAAGGUGAAGGAGGCACAUGAGUUGGACCAAAGGUCUGGAAACUCCUCCAGCAUUGAUCGCUUUCCAAUAUUUUCAGUUCUUGUUCCUCAGCCUUGUCUUGAGGAAAAAAGCUCACCGACACUAAGGAACUGUGCAUGUUGCUCAAAAAUGUCCUCAGUAUGCAUUGACGGCAAUGCAACUUCUCAAUCAGAUAGUUCUACAAGUUCCAAUGAUUUUGAGCUUCUCUUUGAAUAUUUUGAAGUUGAACAGCCUCAGAAAAGACGACCAUUUUUUGAAAUGAUAAAGGAACUGGUUAGAGGUGAUGGACCUUCACAAGGCAGAGCCUAUGGCGAUCCAACUAUUUUGGACUCUGUGGCUCUAAAUGAUCUUCAUCCAAAAUCCUGGUACUCGGUGGCCUGGUAUCCUAUUUAUAGAAUACCUGAUGGCAGCUUCCGUGCGGCUUUCUUGACUUACCACUCACUUGGCCAUUUAGUGCACAGAAGUGACACAAGGCCCACUUCUGACUCUUCUGGUACAGGUGCUUGUGCAGUUUCUCCAGUUGUGGGCCUUCAGAGCUACAAUGCUCAGGGUGAAUGCUGGUUCCAGCUAAGGCAGCCUACAUCUAGAGAGACAACAGAAGUCCUGGGCUUAGAUUCCUCUGGAAUUUUGAAGGAGCGGUUGAGGACACUUGAGAAGACAGCAUCUCUAAUGGCAAGAUCUGUUGUAACCAAGGGAAACCUAGCAUCUACAAACAGACAACCAGAUUAUGAGUUUUUCCUCUCUAGGCAUCGGUGAUAACAGCAGCACCCCUUCUGAGAUGUAGAUAGUUGAACAGUAGUCACCUUCUGGCUUCUGCUAAAGGAUUUCAGGAAAACCAACUGGAUGGAAUCUUAAUCUAAAAUAGGUUAGAUGGUUACGUUACUACUCUCAAACCACCAGCCUUGGUAUCCCAGCAUUCCCCGUGUAUAUUUUUGUAAAUAUGUGCCUUUUUCUUGUGUUUUUGAUAGGAAAGGUGCGUGUACAUACAUAUGUAGAGUCUUGUUGUUUCUUUAAAGGAAAAAUGCAGUUCAGGACCUAACAUUAGAUCCACCAGCCAAUUAUCUGGGCUUGCAACAUUCUGUUGUCUUUCUUAGUUUGGACCCUUAUUUUUUUUAAUCUUUGUCAAUAUGUUGCGUCCACAAACUGAAUAGGUAGCUAGCUCUUUUUGCAAUGAAGCAAACCAUCGUGGUGGAACUUUCAGUUGCAAAAGUCAGUUAUUUCCGUAGUUAUUUGCUUGUAGCAUUUCCAAGAACAAUUUAUCUAUUUAUUUUUGGCAA